AUGACGUCGCUGGGGGACAUAGACUCUGUCCAGACACAGACUAAGGUCCUGUCCCAGGACUCAUGGACGCAGGUCAGCUGUCCCUGCUGUGUGUCUAAGCAGGUGGAGCCCCUGGUCCUCAUCCAGCUGUCAGACAGCGUCCAGCCUGUCACCAAGAGGUGGCUCAUCUCCCUGAUUGAAGCUUCAAAGAGACAUGGAGGAGCAGCAUUGCUGGCCCACCCUGGAGAGGAUGAGUGUGGAAAUGUGAUCGUGGUGUCUGCUCCUCGCUGCACCCUUCUCAGAGCCACGGAGGAUCUGGGUCUGUGUAAGAAAUACCGCAAUGAAGAGAUGGCUUCUUUCUCCUACCACGACAGAGACAACUUCACCAAUGUUGAUGACAUGCAGGAGUUCCUGACGCUAGCGGAGCGUCAGUACAUAGUCAAGAAUGAGCUGGACUCUCUACAGGCCCAGAAGAAGCAGAGAAUCCCUGGAGCCCCAGAGGCCCUGGAGGCCUGGGAAAACAUCUGUCAGAAGCUGGUGAGGGCAGGAGUGAUAAAGGACAUCUUCCCUCUACAUGACCAGCAGAGACUGAAUGACCUCGGCAGAAUGUGGUACUCUAAGAAGCAGAUAUGGAGACAGCCUCUCGAUGCAAUCCAGUCAUACUUUGGAGGCACCAUGGCAUUUUACUUCAGCUUUCUGCAAUUCUACACCUGGGCCCUGGUUCCCCCUGCCUUCCUGGGCCUUGUCCUGACCUUUCUGCUGCCUGGAGGUGGUGGGGUGGUGAAGGAGCAGGCCGGGGAGGGGGUGAUGGAGUUUGAAGAUUAUGGCCUCUCAGUCAGCGGUCACAUUGUACAGGCUGUAUUCAGCAUGCUGUGGUCCACGGUGUUCAUCGAGUUCUGGAAGCGCCGGAGCUCCUCCCUCUCCCACCGCUGGGGCACACGGCACCUGACAGAGCAUUUCGCUGAGCCCCGCCCUGGGUUCCAUGGCACCCUGGGGAUCAACCCUGUGACAGGCCGUCUGGAGCCCCUGUUCCCGGAGUGGCAGAGGCAGCUGCGUGUGGGCCUGGUGUCGUUGCCCCUAGUGGGGCUGUUCCUGGGACUGGUGGUGCUGGGAAUGACAGGCUUCUACCACGGAGAGGCCCUGGUACAGGGCUUCCAUCAGGACAGCGGCUCCCUGUUCUCUGGAGUUCUGCUCUACAUGCCCUCCAUAGCCCACACAGUCUACACCACCAUAUUAAAGAAUGUGUACCACGCUGUGGCCAUGCAACUUACCAAGUGGGAAAACCACAGAGAGGAGUCCUCCUUCCAGAACCAUCAUAUCACCAAAGUCCUCCUGUUUACUUUCUUCAACAACUUUGCUGUGCUCUUCCACAUUGCCUUUUACAAACAGGACCUACCACUGCUACGCAAGAAGCUUGCCUCUCUGCUAAUUCUGAACCAGUUGGUGAACCAGUGUACAGAGGUGGUGGUGCCGUUUAUAGUCGACCACUUCCUCAGUGCUCCCCAUAAGAAAGAGCAGGAGGACGACCUAGAGAUGGACAAACUCAGAGCCCAGAGAAGACUUCCCCCUUUCCCAGGCCUGUUUGCGGAGUACAUUGAGUUGCUGGUGAAGUUUGGGUAUUUGAGUCUGUUCUCCUGUGUGUACCCGCUCACCGCCGUCCUCUUGCUUCUCAACAAUGUCACAGAGAUCCCAGGGGAUGCCUACAAGAUCUGCAAACUGUUCCGGAAGCCAUUCUCUGCCCCUGUGUCCAAUAUGGGGGUGUGGCAGACAGCGUUUGAGGUUCUGGGCUUUGUCUCAGUCAUGUCUAACUGCUGGCUGCUACUGCUGUCCCCUCGCGUCCAGGAGUUCUGUCUGGAGGGAGGGAUCAGCGGCAAGAACAUCAUACUGGGAGCCAUCCUGGUGGAGCAUGUCCUGAUCCUGGUCAAGAUGAUUCUAGCCUUUAUGAUCCCAGAUGAGCCUGACUGGGUCAGAAUCAAGAGGGAACAGAUCGAGUUUAACUCUAUGCAAGCUCUAGGGAAGCAGAAGCUAUGAAGCCCCUGUGGGAGAGUGAGUGGCCUGUUGCUCUUCAAGUGGUGGUCUGGACUAGGGGGCUCAUUAGAAUUAGCUGCCAUAACGAGGGCGGACAGGAGGAUAUAAAGACACGUCUGUUUGGCCUGUGAACCUAAACCCUGGAGUCAGCCAGUCUGAGAAGCUCUCUCAGUAUCUCCCUCUGAAGGACUCCCUCUCCAGGCAUAAAUACAGUUCAGAAAGGAAACACCAGGUAUUCGUUUAACCAUUUAUUAGAGAAUAUGAACAGUACAAUAGGUCUUGGCAAUAGGUUCCGCUCCUUCAGGGUAGCUCACUGUCAGAGCAAAGCAUCAAUACAUAACAAAAUGACUACAGGCAGUGAGCAAGGUUUACUAUACCAAUCCACCUUCAGGAAGGAAAACAGAACCAAACAGGUGGGGGUUGGGGUGGUGGUGGGCAGCAAGAAAAACAAAUGCAUACUAGAAGUAGCAGCAAACGGCAGCAGAGGAUGUCUGAGCAGAACCUGGUCAGCUUAAAUAGACCGCCAUAUUAAGGUAGGAAGUGUUGUUAGCAUCUGGUUGGUGCAGUCUCAGCUGAUGCAGAAACUCAGGUUUUCAUUCUGAACCUGCUUUGCUUUAUAAGUCUCUCAUGUCAUGGAAGAUACAAGAGGCGGGGGUCUGGGACUGAAGGCAAACCAAAUGAAGAGCUAGGAGCAAAGCAUCAAUAUUGUGUUCAUGCAGUAUUGCAUCUUCAGCUUAAGGUGUCUGAGAUUUCUAAAAUACUGGGUAGCUUUGGACUUUGUGUGGCACAUACUAUGCAAGUAUCUAAUUUGCUCUAAUCACACAAGUGCUGUAUCAUUAAAAAAU